GGCGUUGUCUGGUCAAUAGGAAUACAUGUUGGUCGUUGGCUGGUGAGCUUCAUUGAACCUUCCUUACCUCCUUCCUCUCCCCUUCCCUUUCUCACUUUCAAUCUUAAGAAAUAAUAAAGAACUGAUAAAAAUCAUCAGAGUCUUCACACAGAAGAUUGCUCUGAUUAAUUUUAGUAUAUAUCAGUCUAGUCUUCUCCUUUUGAAGAUAUGAUAUAGUUUGUGUUCUUUCAAAUUAUCAUCUUUGUUCAUUGGGUACUUCUUCCUUACUUGGGGCUGCUCAGAAACACCGGAAAAGGAAAAGAAAAAGGCAAAAUCUUUCUUUUUGGCUACAUAUCAAUGGCUGGAAUGCUUCCUGGUGUGGAAUGUGCCCGAAGGAGACGGUUCCAUCCGAGCAGCAGUGGCUUGUCGGAUUCACCAAACCAUGGUGGGACAAGGCGGUCAUCUCUCUGUUUAUACACAAGCAGCCAUGAAACCCAUCAUGCCUCUUUCUCUCCAAUGAUGGAAAAAAUUAUAUUGAACCAAGCAUCCCCUGAUGGGGAAUUGGAAAGAGGAGCUAGAGAAGCCAAGGAGAGAUUGGAUGGAAAGUUUAAAGCACAAAGAAAAUCAGAAACCAAAAGGUCCAUGUUCCAUGAAGAGGUGUUGGGGUCAAAACAGAGCGGCUCAAAGAAGUUCAGUUGGGCCAAGUUGAGCUGGAAGGCCUUAGAUCAAAACAUCUGUGCAGCUGUUUGCAUAUGAGAAUUGAAAUAUCUGCUUGUGGAUUGUUUCUCUCUUUGUAGAUUUAUACCUCGUUUGUGGUAAUGAUCAUGACCAUUUUUGUGA